AUGCAUAGUAUUACAUUAUUUCAUGAAGAUUUAUAUGGUUUAUCAUGGUCAGAAGCAAAUGAUCGAUUACAAUCCACUUAUGGAUUAUCUAUUAAUACUAAUGAGAAUCUAUCAUCUAAGAAUGAUAGUAGAACAUUACGUCAUUUUAGUACAUCUAUAUUACCAAAUGAUUGUACUACUACUAUCACUACUACUAAUACUACUACUGAUACUACUACUAAUACUACUACUACCCCUAUGAAUAGAAUAUCCCGUAACUAUUCAGAAAGACAUUCAUUAAAGAAACAUUUAAGACUUUAUCAAUUAGAUAAACCAUAUUAUAUACAAUGUAAAUUCAUUGAAUCAAAUAUAACUCUAUAUGAUAAUAAUACAAUAGGUACUACAAACAAUCCAAUGUAUAUGGAUCAUGAUUUAAAAAAGAAUAAUUUGCCAAAAUUAUCUUAUAUUAAAAUAAAAAAUCAAUAUCCAAUCGAUAAAAUCAAUAAACAAUUCAUCAGUAAUCAUGAUCCAUUAUUAAUGAAUGAUUGUUGUCAUAGUAACAAUCAUGAUUUAAAUCGAUCAACAUUUAAAGUGAAUGAUAAACAUAGAAUUGAAUAUAAAGAUGUAAAACAAAUAGAAACAACAACUAAUGUAUUAAAUGAUCAUCAUUAUCAUCAUCAUCAUCAUCAUCAUCAUAGAGAUUAUCAACCAUUAAAGAAUAUGAAACAUUGGUUAAUACAUUUAAAAGAAAGACAACGAAAAACUUCCAUGGAAUUAAAAGUAUUAAGUAAUGAUAAUAAUACUAAUAGACGAAUUCAUAAAUCCCUAUCUCAUUGAUUGAUAUUUUAUGUAAAACCAUGAUGAUGAUGAUGAUGGUGAAACUCAUCUGAAUAUAUUGUACAGUGAUCUUCAAUAAUAUUUGUUCAUAUGAAAUAAAAGAUCUUUGAUAUA